AGUACCGAACUGAAUCACGGGAUUGACUGUCCUAUCCUUCUUUAUAUAGUCCUAGCAAGCCCCCCGGAAGCGGAAAUUACAAUUUUAUUGCUAAACUUAAAAGUACCGUUUAUUUUUGCAGUAGCACAAUGUAAAUAUUUGUAAAUUAACGUGGAAGGAAUACACUAUAACUUACGUUGAGUCGGACUACUGUACCAACAAAAGCAACGGUUUUCUAUCUUGGACUUCUCAUCCCAGUCCCAGGAAGGAUUGGUAUCCCAGCCCUAGAGCCACUGCAGAAUGGAGGAAGCAAAAGCCUUCCUGAAAGAAGAUGUGCUAUCUCACUUGGAGAUGCUGGAGGCACGGUCUCGCAGUUUGGCUCUCCAACAGCAGGAGGGGCUGCUGCAACAGGAAAGGCUGGCUGAGCUGAGAGAGACAGUGGAGGUGCUGCAAGUGAGCCGAGACCAGCUCAGAGCCAAGAUUGCCACUGGCAGGGUUGCCCGCCAGCUGGAAGAGGAGAGCGAUACAGACGAUGAGGAUGAGGAGUCACUCUCCCCUGAUGAAGAGACAUUGAUGGCCAUUAUGAACGCCAGAGUUAUAAACCUGCAAAACAUGCUGCAGGUCCACCGACUCGCAGGAUUUGAUAUAAAGGUGGCCCGUCCGGGCAGAGCGGUGUGUUUUACAGUCUACACAGCCUUUGAGGGCAUCUACUUGGAUACCUACUGCCUAGAUGUGGACAUCAAACAGAUACAAAUCAGCCGCCACAACAUCCCGCCGCACAUCCCUGUGGCGGAGCUGGCAGAGCAGUACCUGCGGCAAGACAUCCCUACCUUCCUCAGCAUGCUCAGCAGGCACCUCAAUGCCUAUGUUGGCAGGAAGUACCAGAUUGACCAGAUAAAGGAACACUUUGGGGGCUCUGUAUUGAUUGAGAACACUUUGUGUGGUAUGCUGAUCCUGGAGUACAGCACUUGCUGUAAGGGAGUGGAGCACAAGUUUAUUGUUGCACUGGAAUACAGAGAUGUCACACGCUGCAUGCCCACAAAGGUCACUGUCACCUUCACAGGUGAAGGGUCGAUCACUGUGGAGAAGAGGCAGGCACAGCACUGCUCCCUCUUCCAGCAGACACCAGCUCACACAGUCCUGCAGAUGCUGAAGAAAAAAGGGCAUAUCAUAGGGAAGCACACAGAGCAGUGAGAGCGGGGCUGAGUGGCGCUGGAGAGGAUCUUUAUUCUUGCCAGGAAAGCAUCUCUGAGGCUGCUACCUUACGUAGUUUGAAGACAUAAUAAAACAUGAAAUGUUGUAAUUUUGGUUUCCUAUUUCUGUAUGCUCAAUAUCCCUCCCUAGAAAAUACAGCUCGUUAAAAAGGCAAUUUAAACUUGCCAACAGUUUUGAGGUAAUUGCUGGAUGUUCUGCCAAUCAUUUUAAUUAUAGCAUAAUUGUUAAAGGAGCCGUUCUACAGAUGGUUGCCUAGAUAUGCCACCAUCCCUGCACCUGUUGUGUCUGUAUACAAAGGAUACAUAUGGUCAGAGCUUUUAUUAUUGCUUUUUACAACAUGAGGCCCCACAAGGGGCUGUGACCCAGUGCUCUGACCGAUAAAGAAGCACGUGCCUUGUUAUACAUGUGACUUGUUAUACAAAAGUUUGUUUAUUGUGUAGAUUCAUUUGAACACUUUUUUGUUUGUGUUUUAUUUUGAAUGUAUUAUUUUGUUUAUUGCAGAUCACUAUUUCCAGGUAUUUAAAUAAAUAAUAAAAAAAAAACUAGAAAUGCUUGACUAACAGUGAAAUAAUCCCUUAAUUUUAAACAGUUUGAUUAAUUUUAAACAUUGACACACACUUAUGUUGAGAUUUAAUUUACCAUUAACGAUUUAGCUCCCACUGUUAUUCUGAGGAUAGCUUAUUUGGAGUUAUAUGUUUACAAUAGGGCUGUGUUAGAAGGUUUGUUCGCUAGCCAAGAAUUUGAAGGUAGUUCUAAACCUUCGAAGGUUCGUCAGGCAGCAUUCACGCAGUGUCAGUUUUUUUUCUCUCUUGUUCAUAGAAACCGUUUGACAGUCUGAAUACUAAAUCACACAUUAAAUGUAACUCGCAUGGAAAAUUUGAUAUUUUGAUUUGUGUAAUGCCCAUUACCUAAACAAAAGUUGUAUGAAAAAUAAAAAAAUAAACACUACCAAAUCAAUAUACAUGCACCUCUUUUGGCGCUGCUGCUGUGCAUUGGAGCAGACCAUUGUGGUAAAGUACUGGGGGUAUGUAUAGUG